CCUGCGAUCCUCGACAUCAUCCAACGACAUCAACGGCCUCAUCCCCCCUCUCAACGGCAGCCUGGACAGGCAAACUGCAAGUUCCAUCAUUCCUUUAUCCGUGUCAGCAACCGAUACAUCCCAUCACUAGGCCGCACGUUCCAUUAUCUCAUCGGAAAGCGUAUCAUCGUCAACCACCCGAGCCGCGCCAGCCAGCCACUCCCGACUCUUCCUCCCUCUCUCACCCCCGAGGUUGCUCCAACCAUAUCAUACCUUUCAAGAUGAAGCCUGUCGUCUCAGCCCUAAACGCAUGGUCCUGCGUGGUCAUCUCCGUCUUCGCCAUCGUUAUCCUCUCCGUUUUGGGAUCGCUAUACAAGAGCGAACACCCCGGUUUCACUGGCUCCGAAGGCGAACCUGAAGAUGGCGCCGCGGUCGCAGCUUCGAUUUUCACGGCCGUGUUGGUGUAUAUUGUAUGUUUGAUGCCCCGUAUUAUUACAUUUUUGGAUUGGAAUGGGCGAGACAAGAAGAGGAAGACAGAGGAAGAGAAACGAUGGAUUGCUAACCGAUUGAUUAAUCGUAUAGGCUUUCUUCGUGUUCUGCGCUUUCCAGGCUUACUUGCACAUGAGGGCCCGGAGGGGCGGUGCUAUAUCGUUGAGUUAAAGGAUAUUCAACAACAUUGCUUUGCGAAUUCGAGGUUGGCUUAGGGUGGAUUGCGUCGCUUCGUCGUCUUGCUGGAGAAAGAGGAGGGGU